AUUACCUAGUGAUAUUUCUGUUUGUUUUUUAAGGUUAACAGUCAAGAUGGUACAUGCUGAAGCCUUUUCUCGUCCCCUGAGUCGGAAUGAAGUUGUUGGUUUAAUUUUCCGUUUGACAAUAUUUGGUGCAGUAACGUACUUUACAAUCAAAUGGAUGGUAGAUGCAAUUGAUCCAACCAGAAAGCAAAAAGUAGAAGCUCAGAAACAGGCAGAAAAAUUAAUGAAGCAAAUUGGUGUGAAAAAUGUGAAACUUUCAGAAUAUGAAAUGAGUAUUGCUGCUCAUCUAGUAGACCCUCUAAACAUGCAUGUUACUUGGAGUGAUAUAGCAGGUUUAGAUGAUGUCAUUACAGAUCUGAAAGAUACAGUCAUCUUACCUAUCAAAAAGAAGCAUUUGUUUGAAAAUUCCAGGCUCCUACAGCCUCCAAAAGGUGUUCUUCUCUAUGGGCCACCAGGCUGUGGUAAAACAUUGAUCGCCAAGGCUACAGCCAAAGAAGCAGGCUGUCGAUUUAUUAACCUCCAGCCUUCAACACUGACUGAUAAGUGGUAUGGAGAAUCUCAGAAACUGGCUGCCGCUGUUUUCUCCCUUGCCAUAAAGCUGCAGCCUUCCAUCAUCUUUAUAGAUGAAAUAGACUCCUUUCUACGAAACCGUUCAAGUUCUGACCACGAAGCUACAGCCAUGAUGAAAGCUCAGUUUAUGAGUCUCUGGGAUGGAUUGGAUACUGACCACAGCUGCCAGGUCAUAGUAAUGGGAGCUACUAAUCGUCCUCAGGAUCUUGACUCGGCUAUAAUGAGAAGAAUGCCUACGAGAUUUCAUAUCAACCAGCCUGCUCUAAAACAAAGAGAAGCAAUCCUAAAACUCAUCUUGAAAAAUGAAAAUGUGGAUAGGCAUGUGGACCUGCUAGAAGUUGCCCAGGAAACUGAUGGGUUUUCAGGAAGUGACCUAAAGGAGAUGUGUCGAGAUGCUGCCCUUCUCUGUGUCAGAGAAUAUGUUAAUUCUGCAUCAGAAGAAAGCCAUGAUGAAGAUGAAAUUCGGCCUGUGCAACAACAGGACCUGCAUCGGGCAAUUGAAAAGAUGAAGAAAUCAAAGGAUGCAGCAUUUCAGAAUGUUUUGACACAUGUUUGUUUAGAUUAAGAGUAAAGAUCAUUUGUGCAGUUGAGUGUGAUCUGGUGUGGUGUACCCUCUUAUACUGGGAAUAGAAAAGAAGGGAAGGGGAAUGGUCAGUAAAAAGGGAGGGUGUUAAAUGUUUAUGACACGGGUUUUAUACUCUGAAUUCUAAGUUAUUGAGAUAUAGUUGUUAUAUAAAUGGUAUUACUACUUGUCAAAAAUCAUGAGGAGGAACAGUGUAAUCCAGCCUGAGUGUGGGUGCUUGUGUUUGACCUCUUUAGCCAUACAUUGCAGCCUUAUAGCAUCUAAGCUGGUCUUAAAGUAGCAAAUAAUUCAUGGAAUCAUUAGUGAGAAAUGGGAUGUGGUUAAGUGCUGGUUUCUAGAUAUGUGAGUGUAUGUAUGUGUAUAUUAAAUGUAUAUAUUCACUCAUUUUAUAUUGAUAUUCUGUAGAUAUGUUUGAAAACAGAAACUUUUUUUUAUCCCAACUCGACUACUGAAUCAGAAAGUACCAAAUACUAUAUAGCGAAACUGAGAUUUAUGGUUGUGUCUAAAAGGUACCGUGAUUCAGCCAUUUCCACUUGUCAUCGCUUUUUUUUAAGUUGAGCGUUUCUCUGCAGUCUAAUCAGUCACAUCUGAAUACUUAGACAUGGCUCUGUUAUUAUGGUUGUUAGAAUAAUCAAAUAAAAAUACUUGUUCAGUGAUAAGCAUCAAAGAAUUGUCAGGCACUGUGUGAGCAACACUGAUUUCCCCUCUUCCUGUAAGCACACUGAGUAGACAUUUUUUAAAUUGGUAUAAAGGUGGACUGAAAGUCUUUCAGAAGAAUGCUUUGAAAAACUCCAGUGCCAUUCAAUACAUGUAUGUGACUUUUCUUCAUUUAAUGUAACAGUUCUGUUGUAACCAUGGUUUUGUAAUGUUAUUUUAAAGUUGUAUGUUCUUUAAUUAUGAUCAAAUAUAACUUGGUCGCCAAAAAUGAAGUGAUAGUGUAAAACAAGUAGCUGUUAUUAAAUGUGUUAAGAAUACUCAUUUUUUAUAACUUAAAUUUUUAAAGUUUUCUUAGCAUAUUAUUGUGCUCUAGUUAGUACAAAUAUACACCUCAAAAUUCCCAAAUUGUAUUUGUAGCCAUUUGAUGCUAUGUGCAUUACGUAUGAAACAAUUUUUGUCCAAAAUUUCACUAACCAAAAUUCUGUUGUAGGCACUUAAACACACAGCAUAAGGGACAUGUCACAAUCUGGUCUUGAGGUGCCUUCUGUGAAUAAGCAGAAAGAUUAAAUUAUGCUUCAUGUAUUUUUGUUUUUAUUGUAUUUUUUGAAGAUUAUUAGUCUCUAUUCAUGAGGUUAUUGGAUAAUUUCUUUGGUAAUAAGUCACUAGAACCUCCUGGAUAGCUUAUUCAGUUGAGCUUGGAGAUGGGGUAGAGGUUGCAGGAGAACAAUCGGGGUAACAAAAGGCAAGUUAUAAGAUGUGCAGAUUGAAAAUUGAAUGCAAAACAACAAAAAUAAAAUUUUUUGUCUCCAUUUUUAAUAAUGAAGAUUAUGCUAUUAUUUUAUAAAUGUGUAAUAAAGAGGUCUCUUUACUGAU